AUCCCACUAAAAAUAUAUAUUUCUGCAAACAAAAAUUCCCUAGAAACCUGUUAAUCAUGUAUACGUAAGCAUGUGUUUGUAUUAUAACUUUUUUUUAUUCAAUACAAUAAUAAAAAGCACAUCGCUUCGUAUCCAUAUACAAAAUAUUUUUUAUUUUUUUCAAACAGAAUCGAUUGCUUAUCUGCCGUCGAGUGUUUCGCUAUCGUUAGCAGCAGUCUGAAUCUAGUAUUAUUUUUAAUAAAUUUUAUUCAAAGUGUUUUCGCGUUUCAUUUUCAUAUUAUACAACACAAAAGUUAUAUGUAUUUGCUGUAAACAAAGACAUUAAAGAAAUAUAAAUUUAUAUAUUCACAUUUUUAUAAACAAAAUAUUUAAUGCUUACUGCAUAUAACAAAAUAGAUUUAUUAUUUGCGUGUUAAGAAACUCAGUAGAGUUUUUCAUUUUGAUCAGAUUUCAAUUUUUUGUUUGGAAUUGGUGGAGUUUAAAAUAUUUUGAAAACGUGGUUUUAAUUAAAAUAAACUAGAAAAAAAUGAAUCAAAAUAAAAAAUCUGAAAUAAAAAGUACUGAAAAAUUAUUAAGCAAUGAAAACGAAUCAGAUUCAGGAUUUUUAUCCGGUUCAAAUCAUAUAAUUGAAGUGACAGAUAUUCGACCAACACCAAAAACAUCAGAUAAAAAUAUAAAAUGUCACCAAGAAGAAAUGGAUUCAGGUUAUAUUGAUGCACUUGAAAAAAAUAUUGACAGUACAUUAACAGAACAAUUUUGUAAUCUAAAUAUCAAAACAUCAGAAGAAAGUAAAAAUAUUGAAAAUAAAUCAAAGAAAGAUAAAUGGGAAAUUUAUUUUCAACAAGAUGACAAUGGUGAUACAAAAUUACACUGGGCUUGUUUAAUGGGUAAUGAAGAAGUUGUAGCUGCGCUUAUCCGUAUGGUUCCACAUCCGUGUCUAUUGGAUAUACAAAACGAUGAUGCUCAAACUGCACUACAUAUCGCUGCAAUCGCAGAUCAACCUAAAAUUAUUAGAUUGCUAUUAAUUUCUGGUGCUGAUCCUGCUAUUCAAGAUCAUAACGGAAAUACACCAUUGCAUCUAGCAUGUAGUUUGGGAACUUUUAAAUGUGUUAAGGCUUUGACAGAUAAAAUAAACGAGAGUGAAUUAAAAGAAACGGAAAUACAUUUAAAGCGCCAUAAAAAUAAUGAACCGCUAAAAAACAUGUUAUGUACUAAUAAUUCUUUAGAAAUAAGAAACUAUGAUGGAGAACGAUGUAUACAUUUAGCAGCUCAAGGAAGUUUUAUUCAAAUUUUACGCCAAUUACUUGAGUGUGGAGCAGAUAUUAAUGCACGUGAAGGGAAAUCUGGCCGCACAAUUUUACAUAUAGCUAUAGAACGAAAAAAUGAAGAAAUGAUUAAUUUUCUAUUAGGCGAAGGUCUUAAAUGUAACUUAAAUUUAAAAAUUCGUACAUAUGCAGGAAUAACAGCUUUUCAGUUCUCUUAUAUGCUAAGAAAUCAAACAUUGCAAAAUGAUUUGGAGAAACUCGGUGCAGAACCAGAAAUAUAUGAAAGUGAAAGUGAUUUAAGCGAUACAGAAUCAAGUAUUGAUAAUUCUUACUUAACUGUUCUUGUAAAUUAACUAAUUUUUAAUUUAAUUUUCAAUAAAUAUUUUUGUUGGUGCAAA